CAAGGCCGGGAGCGGGAACCGGCAGCGGGAAGCGGCCACCGCCCGGGCAGCACGACCUAGGCCAGGCGAGGCGAGCGGGGCGGGGCGGGGCGCCACGGGAAGGGUUGGCCGCGCAGCCCCGGGACCGACCGACCCGAGCCACUCUCGCAGUGCCAGCCACGAUGGGGCUGGAGACAGAAAAGAGCGACGUACAGCUGUUCAUGGCCGACGACACCUACAGCCACCACAGUGGUGUCGAUUACGCAGAUCCGGAGAAGUAUGUGGACUCAAGUCAUGACCGGGAUCCUCAUCGGCUCAACUCGCAUCUGAAGCUAGGCUUCGAGGAUCUGAUUGCAGAACCGGAGACUACACACUCCUUUGACAAAGUGUGGAUCUGCAGCCAUGCCCUCUUUGAAAUCAGCAAAUACGUGAUCUACAAGUUCCUGACGGUGUUUCUGGCCAUCCCCUUGGCCUUUGUUACAGGAAUCCUGUUUGCUACCCUCAGCUGUCUGCACAUCUGGAUCUUAAUGCCUUUUGUGAAGACCUGCCUAAUGGUCCUGCCUUCCGUGCAGACCAUAUGGAAAAGUGUGACAGAUGUUGUCAUUGGCCCAUUGUGUACGAGUGUAGGACGCUGUUUCUCAUCUGUGAGCAUGCAGCUGAGCCACGACUGACAACUGAGAGCCCAGGCCCAGAUAACUGGACACUGUACCACUUGUUGAUGUAACACUGAAGUACUGCCAUGCUCUUUAUUUCCCAAUUAUUAUAAUCAAGAAGACUGUCAAGAUGGGAGCCAUGUUCAUAAGUGUUCAAUGACAGAUCGUAACAAAUAAUGAUUUCCCCACUAACAGCCCAGGGUUUCACAUCUAAUUUUAUAACAAGUGUUGGCAACACUCAAUGAACGAACAGAUAGGUUUUGCUUUAAUAGAAAACAUGCAUUUGUAGUGAUGAGUUGAUAAUGGUCAAGGGGCAAUUUCCUCAGAUACUACAGUAAUUUUGUGCAUAACUUCUCAUAAAAGUAUGGGGUUUCUUAUUUUCUUUUACUCUAGGAGUAAUGCUUUUCAGAUUACUUUUACAGAUAGCGUCAUAAGGCUAGAGAGGUAAUAUAUACAAACAUUCUAGAAACUCCAUCCAGUAACAAAUGAAUAUACUUAUGAUAAUAACUAUAAAAUAUAAGACAAAUGUGAAACUGUGUCCCUCUUAGUUAUUAUUAGCCUGCAAUCAUAUUUAACAAAAUGUUUAUUUCAUUUUCUGUAUAUUUUGUACCUGAUGCAAGUGUUCCUCUAAUCCAAGUGCUUUGUAAUGUUUUUAUUACAUUUAUCAUCUUAUUGAUUUGAUAUAUAAAUUAAGCAUGGAUUCCACAGUGUAACUUUCUAUGUAAGAUUAGGCUGUCACAUAUGAGGACUUUUGCAGCUUCUUUGGAACUGCCUAGGUUUCCUCUCCAACUUUCCCAGCAAAUGUUUUACGACUGGGGUUUAUCUGACUAUGACUGUAAGACAUGUAUUUGCUUUUAUUUACUGGAUUAUUUUUUUCUCCCAUAGAGUUAGAAGCUUAAUUUGUAUUCUACAUUCCUAUGAAUGAUUCAAUUACAUUCAAGUAAUUCUGGUGCUAGUUAAUAAUAUUUUUAUAACAAACUAACAUCUAAGUACAAUUUUUACUACAGUGGCUCACGUAGAGAAACAUAGGAAAAUUAACAGUUGUGAGGAUUUUUAAUACUAAAACACAAAUUAAAAGCUAACAGUUACAAAUCUUCAAGAUGUUCUCUGGUAUGAAUUUUUUGACUGAUAAAACAUUAUCCUAUGCUUUUUCAGUUAUAGAGCCCUAAUUUAACAUAUACUCACUAUGGUCUUUAAAAAAUUGACAUGUAAACAGUUUUUACAAUAUAACUACUAUAAUUUUUCAAAUUCUAGAAUUAUUAUCAAAACCUUAAUUAUCAUUUGCUUAAAUAUCAUCAAGGGUGUAAAAUCUUCAUUCAAUGAAAAUUAAGAAAAAAUUUUCAGUAUUUCCAAUUCUGGUCAGUGUUAUGCGUGGGUGACUGAAUUGGAACUCUAUUGCAAACCAGAUCAAAAGAUCAUGUCAAGAAACUAAGUUGUAAAGCUCAUACAUUUUUGAAGGUAGACACAAAAGGAACAUUUCAAACUGUCCUCAGAAGAGAGGUCAUAGCCUGGUGAUAGCCACAGUGUUGCCACUAACAUGACUAUGGAGAUUGAAUUGUGCUACUUUCGAAGGUCAGUCUCAUGGCUUUAUAUUAUUUUUUGUAAUUUGAGAUUUAAACACUUGGAUAUAUAGUUUAGUCAAAAGAAUUAAUAAUAAAAUGUAAGCUUCAACCUUUUAAAAAUGCUGACAGAUUUUAAAGACAAUUAUGUAUAAUUAUAUGUCAAAACCUUUAAUUUCUAAUAUAUAUGAAUUCCUUUUUUGAAUAGUAGUGAUUAUUUUCAAGUGAAUGUUUAUUGAAACUUUUCAUGAAUCAUUUUGCAUCAAAAAACUCAAAUUAUGGAUAAAGCUAAUUAAAGUUAAAUAUGCACAUAUGUUGGUCUUUUAUCUGGGGCAGUUGGAAUUCAGAGGCAAAAAAAUAAUUCCUCAUUAUCUAGAAUAAAUAUCUAAAAAACA